AUGGCCGCCCCAACCGAGGCGCAAAUCGCCCAUCAACAGCUUAUAGAGAAGCUCGACAUUCACUCCACCCAUAAGAACUUCCGCAGUCCGGCUUGGAAGCCCAAUCAGCGUCGAAACAAGAACCUCAAGGCCAUAGUCGGUGAUGCUUCCCGAAGAGAAGCUUCAGCUCUAGGCACGCCCAUGGACGCGAGCGGUAUCGCUACACCAGCCGAUGAUGGACUCUCAACAAGCGGUACCAGCACGCCAGCCACCGAGAGCGGCAAGGAACCCCCAAAUCUGGCACAAGCAUCGCGAAACCUGUCCAAGCUUGUCCUCGAGAAGAGCCUUAAACCGGCAGGUGGUGUGUCGGCUCCAACUGCCACUUACACAAACAUUGAAUCGGCACCAUCACUCGCGCAUAACAAACACUAUUGUGACGUGACAGGACUACCGGCUCCCUACCUCGACCCCAAGACGCGACUUCGCUAUCACAAUAAGGAAGUGUUUGGUCUCAUUAGGACGCUACCUCAGGGUGUCGCAGAGCAGUUCCUCGAGGCUCGUGGUGCCCAUACAGUCCUUAAGUGA